CAGGCAAGGCGGAGGGAGAGGAGGGGGAGGUGAUGAUGGCGGCGCGCGGCUGGCCUAUCCGGAGAGAGCCCGUUCUUCUCGCGCGCGCACCGACGACCCGGCAGAGCAAGCGGGCCUGAAGAGAGAAACGAGCGCGGGGUCGUGUGAAUGAGCGCGCGCGCGCGGAGUCGAGACUCGAGUCGCUGCCGGACCCUUUUCGUGGAUCGCCGCUCCCGUUCCUAAACAUGUGGUCCGCUCACGGUGGCUAUGAUUCUAGUAGCUAUGGUGGCACUGGGUAUUCACCUGGAGGAUUUGCAUCGCCUUCUGCAACUCAAGGUGAAAAGAAAUCGAGGUCAAGAUCACAAAAUAUUGUUCCUUGUACGGUGUCCCAGUUACUUUCUGCAGAACAAAUGGAUGAUGCCUUCAGAGUUCGAGAAGUUGAACUUUCACAGGUCAUUAUCGUGGGCAUAAUCAGGCAAGCAGAAAAAGCACCAACAAACAUUCUCUACAAAGUGGAUGACAUGACCGCAGCCCCAAUGGAUGUGAGGCAGUGGGUCGACACAGAUGAGGAAGGCAGUGAGAAUGUUGUGGUGCCACCUGGGACGUACGUGAAAGUGGCUGGUCACCUGCGAUCUUUCCAGAACAAAAAGAGCCUGGUUGCAUUCAAGAUCAUGCCACUGGAGGAUAUGAAUGAGUUCACCACACACCUGCUUGAAGUCAUCAAUGCACACAUAAUCCUCAGAAAGAGCAACAUGGCCACAUCCAUGAAGACACCACAGUCAUUUGGUUUGUUGGGGAUGAGCAGCAGCAUGUCAGGUGGUGGAGGAAGUGGUGCCCUGCCAGUGAGUGGGCUUACAGCGCUCCAGACUCAGAUUCUGAAUUUGAUUAAAAGCUGCCCGACAACUGAAGGAAUAUGUCUUGAAGAUCUGAAGUCCCAGUUGCAUAAUAUUAAUCUACCGACGCUCAAGAAAGCAGUUGAGUUUCUUAGCAGCGAGGGACAUAUCUAUUCUACUAUAGAUGAUGAACACUUUAAAUCUACAGAUGCCGACUAAGGUCUGUUUCAGUCACAAUUAUCUCAGUCUAAUGCUUUAUUAGACUGAAACCAUUAUUUCGGAACCAGGCUGAAGAAUAUUUCUGAUGGUGACUCUUAUGGACUAAUUGGUUUCUGCCCAGAACAUUAGGAGUGCAUCUGCUUAGCUGUGCCCCUGUUAGUUGCCAUGUCUUAGAAAUGGCAUCUCAAUGUUGCCUUCCUUCCUCUAUAGUUGAAAUCAUAAUAGAAAAUGCUUAGGAUUAUUUUUUUAUUAAUAGUGAAAAUGUCUGUUCACCAUUGCACUUUGAGUGCAAGAUUGCCUUAUUUCAAGAAACGUCUAAUACCUCAAUAAAACUAUUUUGAUUUUU